GCAACAGCUAGCUACGGUAGCUGCCGAAACUCUCGGUCCACCUCCAUAGCUCCCAACAGAAACCAAACCCCCAUAAAGCAAUGCCCUAUUAUUCAAUCUCGAGCUCUCUCUCCCCCUUUUACCGGAGUGGCUUCAUGCAGACCGUCGAAUGGACACUCUCUGAAUGCCCGCCGCUCAGGUCCAAAAUCGCCGUGAUUACCGGAGGGCAGAGUGGGAUUGGGGCUGAGAUCGUCAAGCAACUACUCCUGCACGAUAUCGGACACGUUGUUGUGCUCGCACGGAGUCGGGAGAAGUUUGAGUUUGCGAGGGAGGGGUGGGGAGAGUGCAGAUCCCAUGAGGAGGUGGUGGAAAGGGUCGAGUUUGUGGAGUGCGAUCUCACAGAUUUAAAGGUUGUGGAUAAGGUCGGGAAGGAGCUUCUUGGGCGGUUGGGGAGGUUGGAUAUGUUGUUUUUAAACGCUGGUUCGUAUUUCCGUUUCCUCUAGUUGAUGAGAACGGGAGGGGACUAGUAGGUGCUCAUCGACCAGCGGCAUAUAGCCAUCCCACACAUACCAAACUACGAACUCUCCCCACAAGGUGUGGAAACUAUAUUCGCAGCGAAUCACCUAGGGCACUUUCACCUGACGGACACCCUCCUCCCGCUGCUACGCUCAACCCCCAAAACGCACUCCGUCUCGUCGACCCGAAUAAUCGUCUCCUCGUCAUUCCUCCACCACCUCUGCGGAUCCAUUGACGUCCAAUCCCUCACCUCCCCUAUCCCGCCUGCCUCCAAAUUGGGUACCGCUUACGCCUCACUCUACCGUUACGCCCGCUCGAAGCUAGCGAAUAUCCUCUUCGCCAAGGCGCUCUCCCGAAGAUUAGGGGAUGAGAAGGUCUUUGUCAACGCUUACUUCCCCGGAAACAUACCCACCUCUUCGAUGGACACUUGGAAGGAGCAUUUCGGGUACGCCUUUGGAGGCGUGUUUUCCGAAUUUUUCAGAUGGAUGGGGCAGACUCUCGAGGAUGGGGCGACGACAGGGGUGUUCUUAGCGGCUGCGAAGGAGGUCGAGGCCGAUGGAUGCAGAGGCGAGUACUGGGCUCCUAUCGCGCGGAAGGAGAGCUGUAGCACGGCUGCUGAGGAUGAGAGGCUGGCGGAGAGAUUGUGGGUUUGGAGUGAGGGCUUUGUGAAGGGGGCCCUGCAGAGCGGCCAUGAAGUAGAUGUUGAUCCUGCUCUUGAUGCCGGCGUUGGUGUCGAUGCUGAUACCUAA